GCUCGACUGCUCCCUUCCGCUUCCGGUGUCCCCUAUAACCAUGGCUGCCGCCGCCGCUGCCGCCGGCGCUGGGGAACCUCUGUCCCCUGAUGAAUUGCUCCCGAAAGGCGACGCGGAGAAAACCGAGGAAGAGCUGGAAGAGGACGACGACGAGGAGCUAGAUGAGACCCUGUCGGAGAGACUCUGGGGUCUGACGGAGAUGUUCCCGGAGAGGGUCCGGUCCGCGGCCGGAGCCACUUUUGAUCUUUCCCUCUUUGUGGCUCAAAAAAUGUACAGGUUUUCCAGGGCAGCCUUGUGGAUUGGGACCACUUCUUUUAUGAUACUGGUUCUUCCUGUUGUCUUUGAGACUGAGAAGUUACAAAUGGAGCAACAGCAGCAACUGCAGCAGCGGCAGAUACUUCUAGGGCCUAACACAGGGCUGUCAGGAGGAAUGCCAGGGGCUCUGCCUUCACUUCCUGGAAAGAUCUAGGUUGUUACUGCUAUAUUUGAGCUGUCUUGAUGGGAGAAAUUUGAAAUUCAGUUGUGUUUGAACUGCUAUCUGGGUUUUUUUUUUUUUUUUUUUUUUUAAACUGUGGCAUAUUGAUCCAAACCUGGUAGAAAGAAUUCUCCCCUCAUUGUCUCAUGGAAAGACUCCCAACUUUUAACUGUGCCCUCCACGCUGUCCUCAAUGUUUCUUCUGUCCUCACUCUGACACCCGAGUGCAGCUAUGCAGACGGUUAUUCCAGCUCUGGCCACCUUACCCCCUUCUAGUAGAUUGCUCCUAAUUGGAAGAUCUCCUCACUGUCCUAUUGUGGGGUAGAAACUAAUGCCCCAUAAUAGGAGGGAAAGAUCCCUGACCAUUAAUGACUUUUUUUUUUUUUUUUUUUUUUUAAAGAAUGGAGAUAUUGGGGAGGGACAUGCACAUAUUAUGAAACUGACAAAGUACACUGCACCUGUCUGGUAAAGCACCAGGAAGCCCCAUGAAUACUGGAGAGAAGGGAAGCUGGUUGCAGCUUCACCCACAAAAUGGGGACAAUGAGUGUGGAGAACAGAGCAGAGGCUCGUUUCCUCUGCACAUUUUGGCUAUUAGACCUGUGUGUAGUAAAAAGUCAGUGCUCACUUUUUGUAUUUAAAUAUUAAAAAUUAUUCCAAUUCAAAGUGUCAUCCAUGUGCCUGUAAUAAGUACCUAAAAGUUACUUGGACCAUUUUAGAAGGCCAAAGACAUAAUAGUGCUUCACAUUUCCAUCCCCACUGAUAAUUUCAAGGCCCAAGUUAAAUUUUUGAAAAAGAAAAUUCACUGUUCACCAAGAAACUCUUAAUGACACCUUUGCACUGAAUUCAAGUAAUCAAUUUCUGAUCCACCAUCCUAAGGAAAGGGCCAGGUCAGUGUUUUUGUAGUCUACAGACAUUUCACAAUUAUAAACUUGUAGGAAGUACUGAUUUCUAGUGUUGGGGAUAAGAACUUUUUUGUGCUUUUUUUUUUUAAGUGAUGGGAGAUGAGAAACUGAUGAAGUCAGUUGCAGUCCCAUAUUUGAACCUUGCAGUUUUCCUAUUUAACAUAAGAAAUUUUUUAGCAUAAAACACUCUUGAGUCUU